AUGGGCAACUUCUCAAUCAUCACUGAUUUCCUCCUCAUGGAGUUUUCCAGCACAAGGGAGCUGCAGGUCUUACACGCUGCGCUGUUCCUGCUGAUUUACCUGGCAGCCGUCCUGGGGAAUCUUCUCACCUGUGCUGCAAUUAUCACCGACCCACACCUUCACUGUCCAAUGUAUUUUUUCCUGAGUAACUUAUCCCUACUGGAUAUCGGUAACAUCUCCGUCACGCUUCCUAAAUUCAUUGUGAAUUCCUUAUGUGGUGUUCAGUCCCUGUCCCUCCUGGGCUGUGCUGCCCAGGUCUUUUUCUUUCUCUUUUUUGCAGCCACAGAGUUUGCUUUGCUGGUGGCCAUGUCCUAUGACCGCUUCGUGGCCAUCUGCCAGCCCCUCCACUAUGGGAUCAUCAUGACUCCAGCACGUUGUCUCUGGGCAACAGCUGGCUCGUGGCUCAGUGGCCUUUUUUAUUCGGCUGUACACACAGGGAACAUGUUCCGCCUGCCCUUCUCAGGAUCCAAUGUGAUCCACCAGUUUUUCUGUGAUGUUCCUCAUGUCUUGAAAGUCUCAGCCUCUGAUGUGUUUAACACUGAGUUUAUAUUAAUUGCAGCUAGUUCAUGCUUAUUGUUAUUCUGCUUUGUCUUUUUAAUCGCAUCCUAUGCCCGCAUCUUCUCCAGUGUGCUCAAGAUUCCUUCUGUGGCAGGGCGCUACAAGGCCAUUUCUACCUGCUCCCCUCAGUUAAUGAUUCUCAUGUUAUUUCUCUCUUCUUCAAUGAUUGCUGUCUUCAGGAACACAUCAGACACAUCUCCUAUCCAAAACCUUUUAAUUGCAAUGUCCUACACAACACUGCCUUCACUGUUGAACCCCCUCAUCUAUAGCCUGAGGAACCAGAAGGUCACAGCUGCCAUGGGCAAGAUGAUCAAGAGGAUGUUUUUUCUCAAGAAAGAAACAUUCAUCCUUGAAAACAUAAAAACACUGAAAAAUAUGUAUCUGGCAUGUCAAAUGUGUAAGGUAAUACAUGAGGUAGCUUAA